CUCUUUCGUCCCUAUCGCCCUGUUUUGUCUCGCUAACACCACUGGAGUCGAUUUCUUUGAUUCAGCCGUUUUCUGCUCCGCUGGAACGUGCGGGCUAUCUCAUUUCGCGCGUCGAACUCGGGAUUCGAUAGUACUAGCAUCGUGAUGAAGUUACCUCGUCGUUUUAACCACCGACGGUGAACUUCCCUUCUGACUUGCUCUGUUUCUUUAACGGAAAUACCAUCUUGCUUCUGCUUUUCUUUUGAAUUUGGAGUGGCAAUAUGAGCUUCCUCGAUUCUGUGCUUACGUCCAUCGAGACGGGCAAACCGUCUGCGAUCCCGCCGACAACAUCUCGUCCGGAACCUCCCGUCUCAUCCUCCACGGCGAAGUCUGAAGUUCGCAAACCUAGCACGCCAUCCCGUGAUGCCUCUUCCGAUAAAAAGGUCGCCACAGCAGGGACGAAGCGGAAAGCUGAAGAGCAGCUGCAGCGUCCACCGAAACCAGAUAAUCGAGCACUUGGUAAAUCAGUGCCCACGAGGCCUGCAUCCACGAAGCCUGCACCUACAAGGCCUACCACAUCUACAGCAUCGAAGCCUCGCCCGAAUCCCGCUCCAAAUGCGGCCAAAUCUGCGUCAAGCGGCAAUACUUCUUCAACCCCGAAGACCGCGCCUGCUUCGUCCAAACCUCCUCCAGGAUCAUUCGCCGAUCUCAUGAUGAAAGCGAAGGCUCUUCAGCAAACUGCGCCGACGCAAGUGGGAAUGUUCAAACACCAAAACAAGACAGCGCCCAAAGAAAGGCUCAGCAAAAUGGAACGCAAGAAACGGGCGAUAGAAGCACAGGCGAAGGAGAAAGAUCCACGACUGGCAAAGAAAGGCGGUACCACCGCUGGAACUCCGGCGGGCGCCAAACUUGGCGAUGGAAAACCGGCGAGAAAACGAGAUCCUGAUGAGCCCACCUACAGAGGCACUGCCAGACCGACGCAGACGCCCGCGACAACUGAAUACCGAGGAACAGCCGGUCUACCACCCAAGCGUGAUCUCGCUGAAAGACAACAAUCUAAAGCCGGCAACCGAUCACGGAUGGAUGACUAUCUUGGUACAGAUGAGGAAGACGAAGGUGAAUAUGCGGACGACCAUGACGACUACUACUCGGACGCAUCAUCGGAUAUGGAAGCCGGCUUCGACAAUGUGGAGUCGGAAGAGCAAGCGGCUCUUAAGGCCGCCAGACGAGAAGACGAGGAAGAAUGGCAGGCCGAACUCGCAGCCAAGCAAGAGAAACUGGAGCGGAAGAAGAAGCUUACUUCGUUGGCGUCAAGGGCCAGAUGAACACUUAUCAUACUUUUUUCUUUUCAUCACGACUCGAUACUCCCUUCCGGCAAGUCUUUUUGUUUUCUUUUGUUUUCUUUUGUUUAUUCCUCUUCUUUGGUUACGGAGCAUCAGCGAGGGGUACUUUCGGGGGUGCAUUUUACAAGUCAUUUAUAUUCUACUCGUUCUUUGAUUUCGCUUUCUUAAGUUGGAGUUUUUCUUUAGGUGUCAAUAGAUGGUGGCCUCGUUCAAUUACAUACUAGCUUUAUCAUUAUGAGCGGGCGUCCUGUUUAUAUCCUUAGCUUAGUACAAUUAGCAAAUAUUCAGCAUCAGUAUACGACUAUCCC